GCCCGGGCACGGCCGGGUAGCGCCGGAGCUCGGCCCGGACCCGCCGCCGCAGCGCCGCUCCGAGCCCGGCGUGUGCGCCCGGAGCACAGCACAAUAGCCGGGAGGAGGAGACAGGGAAAGGGGCAGGGGGAAAGGAGGAGAGAGAAAGAGAAAGCACAACACGGGGGCUGGCGAGGCAGGACGGAGCGGAGGAGGACGGAGCGUGGCUGCGCCGAGGACCGUGCCCAGGACGGCGGCGGCAGGAGGCGGGUGGGGGGCGAUAUUUACCUUCCCGCCCCCGCCCCGAGCCUGCUCCUUUGUCCACCCACUUUGAAGUGCUCGGGGAUCGCCGGGGUGGAAGCAUUGUUGUUCGCCAGCAAGCGAUCAGUCAUGCCGGGGAGAGAGUAGCGAGGGGACGCGGGGCUGGGGCCGGCAAAGGCUGAAGGAGAGAGGAUCGCGAGGGAGGAUCGCCGCUCGCCUCCCAGUGCCGCUGCAUGGACCGUGGAAGAGACGCGCUGAGUUGACCCCGCCGGAGCUGUUUCUGCUUCUACAUGUGAGAUCCGGUUGGUUUUUUUCUGUCCACCUCUCUCUCUCCAGCCUCCUUCUCGUAUUCUCCAGUUACUCCCGUAUGCAAAAUGGUGGACCCUGUGGGGUUUGUGGAGGCUUGGAAAGCACAAUUUGCAGACUCUGAGCCUCCUAAAAUGGAGCUGAAAUCUGUGGGAGAUAUUGAACAGGAGCUGGAGAUGUGCAAAGCAUCUAUCCGGAGACUGGAGAUGGAGGUGAACAAGGAGAGGUUCCGCAUGAUUUACCUGCAGACUCUUCUGGCAAAGGAGAAAAAAAGCUAUGAUAGACAGAGAUGGGGUUUUAAACGUGUUUCUCAGUUGCCUGAAGGGGGUGCAGAGCAGCAGAUCCAGGACCUGCAUCAUCACCAGUCUGCUGACCAAGAGGAAUAUGAAAAAAGCAAGUCACACCACGGGGAGGAAAAGUUCAAACCCAGGAUCCCCUCUCUGCGGAAGCUGUCUACCCAGAGUGAUGGGUCAGACCUGUCCCCUUUGGACAGCCCCCAUCACGGAGAAGGAGAGCAGGACAGGUCCAAGUACUACGGGGAGGAGAAACUGAAGAGAGUUGUGGAAGAUAUGGAGAAUCGCUGUGAUACUGAUGGCUCUCCUUCAAAACACAGAUCGGCUUCCACUCGUAGGCUGGUGGGAUCUGCUGAGAAGGAGGGAUCAUUUGAACCUAAGGAGAGAGGGAACAGCACCAGUGUGGCAGCCCUGAGGUCCAAUUUUGAGAGAAUGAAAAAGGUUAACUCGCAUUCUUCUGGAGAUAACAAGGAUGUUGUUGAAAAGCCCUUUUAUGUGAACAUGGAGUAUCAUCAUGAGAAGGGUCUAGUAAAGGUCAACGACAAAGAUGUUUCUGAUAAAAUAAGCUCCCUUGGCAGCCAAGCCAUGCAAAUGGAACGCAAAAAGUCUUUGCACUCCCUCCCUUCUAACAUGGUACCCAGCUUCAGCGAGUUCCAGAGGCCUGCGUACAGGGGAAGGUCCUCGGAGAGCAGCUUUGGCUAUGAUGGAGAAUAUGAGGAUGCUGAACUGAACCCCAAGUUUCUCAAAGAUAAUCUGAUUAAUGCCAAUGGCAGCAACCGCUCACCUUGGCAGCCCAUGGACUUCCAGCCGUAUCAAAGUAUCUACGUUGGUGGAAUGAUGGGGGAAGGAGAAGGCAAAGGACCUAUUCUGAGAAAUCAGGGCACGACUGACCAGGAAAAGCAUCUCACGUGGCCCAGGAGAUCUUAUUCCCCCAGGAGUUUUGAAGACAUUGGAGGAGGAUAUACCCCUGACUGUAGCUCUAAUGAAAACCUUACUUCCAGUGAGGAAGACUUCUCCUCAGGACAGUCCAGCCAUGUCUCCCCCAGCCCCACCACCUACCGCAUGUACCGGGAUAAAAGCCGUUCUCCCUCCCAGAACUCUCAGCAGUCCUUUGACAGCAGCAGUCCCCCAACCCCCCAGUCUCAAAAACGGCACAGGCAGCAGCAGGUCAUUGUGUCUGAGGCUACUAUUGUGGGUGUACGAAAAACAGGACAGAUCUGGCCAAGUGAUGGAGAUUUGCCCUCUGGGAGAUGUCACCAGGACAGCUGUUUCCAUGGGGAUACAGAUGCCCCGUUCGGGGGGACACCGCCCGGCUACGCGUACGAUGCCGACCGCGCCGAGGAGCAGAGGAGACACCAUGACAUGAUGCCCUACAUCGAUGACUCGCCGUCCUCCUCACCACACCUCAGCUCCAAGAGUCGGGGCAGCCGAGACACUCUGUCCUCAGGGUCUCUGGAAUCUACAAAAUCAAGCGAGCCAGACCUGGAGAAAGGCCUGGAGAUGAGAAAAUGGGUCCUAUCAGGAAUCCUAGCCAGUGAGGAAACCUACCUGAGCCACCUGGAGGCCCUGCUGCUGCCCAUGAAGCCUUUGAAAGCUGCUGCCACCACCUCUCAGCCUGUGCUGACCAGUCAGCAGAUUGAGACAAUAUUCUUCAAAGUGCCUGAGCUCUAUGAGAUCCACAAAGAGUUCUACGAUGGGCUCUUUCCCCGAGUGCAGCAGUGGAGUCACCAGCAACGUGUGGGGGACCUCUUCCAAAAGCUGGCCAGCCAGCUGGGAGUGUACCGGGCCUUUGUGGAUAACUAUGAAGUUGCUAUGGAGACAGCAGAGAAAUGCUGCCAAGCCAAUGCUCAGUUUGCUGAAAUCUCUGAGAAUCUAAAGGCCAGAAGCACAAAGGAAUCUAAAGAACAGACAACGAAAAAUUCCUUGGAAACUCUACUGUACAAGCCUGUGGAUCGAGUGACUCGCAGCACACUUGUCUUGCAUGAUUUGCUCAAGCACACUCCAGUGAGCCACCCCGAUCACCCCCUGCUGCAGGAUGCUCUGCGGAUCUCUCAGAACUUCCUCUCCAGCAUCAACGAGGAGAUCACUCCUCGGCGGCAGUCCAUGACUGUAAAGAAGGGGGAGCACCGGCAGCUGCUGAAGGACAGUUUCAUGGUGGAGCUGGUGGAGGGGGCCCGCAAGCUGCGCCACGUCUUUCUUUUUACCGAUCUGUUCCUCUGUGCCAAGCUCAAGAAGCAGAUUGGAGGGAAAAGCCAGCAAUAUGACUGCAAAUGGUACAUCCCACUCACUGACCUCAGCUUCCAAAUGGUGGAUGAGUCUGAGGCAGUGCCCAAUAUCCCACUGGUACCUGAUGAGGAGCUGGAUGCCAUGAAGAUCAAGAUAUCCCAGAUCAAGAACGACAUCCAGCGGGAAAAGAGGGCCAAUAAAGGCAGCAAGGUCAUUGAGAGGUUAAAAAAGAAGCUCUCGGAGCAGGAAUCCCUCCUACUGCUGAUGUCUCCCAACAUGGCCUUCCGGGUGCACAACCGCAACGGGAAGAGUUACACGUUCCUCAUUUCAUCAGACUAUGAGAGGGCAGAGUGGAGGGAGAAUAUCCGGGAGCAGCAGAAGAAAUGCUUUAAAAGCUUCUCACUCACAUCGGUGGAGCUCCAGAUGCUGACAAACUCCUGUGUGAAGCUUCAGACAGUCCACAACAUUCCCCUCACUAUCAAUAAGGAAGAUGAUGAAUCCCCGGGUCUCUAUGGAUUCCUGAAUGUCAUUGUCCACUCUGCCACAGGAUUCAAGCAGAGCUCAAAUUUGUACUGCACGUUAGAGGUGGAUUCUUUUGGGUAUUUUGUGAACAAGGCCAAAACUAGAGUUUACAGAGACACCACAGAGCCCAACUGGAACGAGGAGUUCGAGAUUGAGCUGGAGGGCUCACAGACACUGCGGAUUCUGUGCUAUGAAAAGUGCUACAACAAAACCAAGCUCACCAAAGAGGAUGGAGAGAGCACAGAUCGAAUCAUGGGGAAAGGGCAGAUCCAGCUGGACCCACAGGCACUGCAGGACAAAGACUGGCAGCGCACGGUCAUCUCCAUGAAUGGGGUCGAGGUGAAGCUGUCGGUGAAGUUCACCAGCCGGGAGUUCAGCCUCAAAAGGAUGCCGUCCCGCAAACAGACCGGCGUGUUUGGGGUCAAGAUUGCCAUUGUCACCAAGCGAGAGAGGUCGAAGGUGCCUUACAUAGUGCGGCAGUGCGUGGAGGAGAUCGAGCGGCGCGGGAUGGAGGAGGUGGGAAUCUACCGAGUCUCUGGGGUUGCAACGGACAUCCAGGCUCUGAAAGCUGCCUUUGAUGUCAACAACAAGGACGUGUCGGUGAUGAUGAGCGAGAUGGACGUCAACGCCAUCGCGGGCACCCUCAAGCUGUACUUCCGCGAGCUGCCCGAGCCCCUGUUCACGGACGAGCUGUACCCCAACUUCGCUGAGGGCAUUGCACUUUCAGAUCCUGUUGCAAAGGAGAGCUGUAUGCUGAAUUUGUUGCUGUCGCUUCCAGAACCCAACCUUGUGACAUUCCUUUUCCUUUUGGACCAUUUAAAAAGAGUUGCUGAGAGGGAAGGCGUGAACAAGAUGUCCCUGCAUAAUCUUGCCACUGUCUUUGGACCAACACUGCUCAGACCUUCGGAGAAGGACAGUAAAAUCCCUGCUAACCCAACCCAGCCCAUCACAAUGACUGACAGCUGGUCACUAGAAGUCAUGUCCCAGGUUCAAGUUCUUCUGUACUUCCUGCAGCUAGAGACCAUCCCUACCCCGGACAGCAAGAGGCAAAGCAUUCUCUUUUCCACAGAGGUGUAGGUGCCCACGGUACCAACAGGACACAAAAAACUGCUCUUGGCAUAACUCUGCCACCCCUGAGAAAAAGCUGACUGGUGUUUCCUCAGACGUGACUGGCCUGUUCCUGUGCUGGGGAAUUCCAGCCCUCAGUGCUUCUGUUGUUUGUGAACCAGAGACAAGCUGGAGAAAAAAGGAGAAAACCCUCUCCUCGUGCUGGUAGGACCAGAACUAAGUGGAGAUGGAGCUGCGUGGAAUCUCCACUAGAAGGAGCAAUAGACACUUGAACAAAUGCACCACAGAGUGUGGCCAUUAUUCUUGUUGGGAAUGGGACAGAAGGUAUUCCUCAUUUUAUGGAUUUAAUUUAUCAUAAAGAAACUUCAAGAUUUCUACUGGACCACUUGAUAGGACACCCCUUUUUGGGUGAGGGGGUGUUAAAGGAUAUAUCACAACUGUGUCUUUAAUAACUGCUGAUUUUCAAGUACUGUUCUAGGCCACAAAAAUAGCAUAGCUUUGCAAGAGGAAGGAGAAGGGAAGGGUCUGGGAUCUAAGAUUCCCUCCUCAGAAAUUCAAGUCUUGAUUCAAAUGGGGUUCUAAAGAAAUCCAACAGUUUUAUGUGCAACUAGAACUGUUGGUCCGUUUGGAGGCUGGGACCUUUUGUGUUUGGGGGUUUUUUUUGUCUCACCAGCCCUUCAGGUGCAGAUGUUUAUACACCCCGGGGAAGGAGAUGCUCUGCUCUUGCCUGUGUUGCACUUCUGAUGGUUUUUUUGGGUUAAGGGAGACACAUCCAAUGAAGUUACACUAUAAAUAAAUACAGCAAAUUAAAGAAAGGCAGGGAGGAUAAGAGUCAGUGAUUCUGUUGGUUUUUUUGCAUAUAAGCAGAGGCAACAUUAUCCAGGAAGGAUUGCUAAAUUCCUUAGACCCGACCAAACUCAAUGAAAAUUAAUUGGGAAGACACUUAAUUCCCAACACUCCAAAGAAAAUAUGUUAUCACUGCAAAAAUAAUUGAAGAAUUUGUGAACAAAAAAAAAAUUAAUGGCUGUCAGUUUGGCUGGCUGCUUACUCCAGACUUUUAUCAGAACAUCUUUUUUUGAUACUUGAAUUUUUGGAGGCUUUGUACGUUGCUUCUACAAGAGUCUUUUUCUGAUAGAUACAAACACUCUGGUAAAAAAUGUGUCAGAAUGUACUUUAUGGACAAUCUAGCAAGUAGCAUGCAUUGUGGAUUCUCCAGAAAUUCCAACCCUGUUUUAAAUAAGAGCAGUGGAGAAAUUUCUGUGGAACUCCAUCCAGCAGUACAAAAGGUCUGGCCAAACACCAAUUUUGUGUUUCCCUCCCUAAAUCAGUUGAAGCCACAGGGGUUCCAGAGGCAGAAAGGGCAGCAGUAUUUGUCCAGGGAAUUGAAACUGCAGAAUCUGAUUGCUGGUGUCCAGAGCUGAGCAUUCUGGCUAUGAAGCAGUUGUGCCAAACAUCCCGAGGGGGGGAGCGAUGCCGGUUCCCUAAACCACUCCAGCCCCCACUUCCUACCCAGCUCUGCAGCAUCCAUUUAGUGGCAUCUGUCCAUCACUGUCCUGGCAAGAAGAAAAGUACAGCUGGAAGACAAGGGAAGGAAUGGGCAGGAGAAGGGGAGGGAGGGACAGAUUUUGAAAGAUUGGUAGGGUCAGGUUGUCAACAUCAUUCGUGGGGAAAUGCGACACAGAAAGCAACCCCUCUUGUGCGGAAUUGCACAUUUUCUGAUGGGUGAUCUGCAAUCUCUCAGUUAAAAAAAAAUAGCAAAGGAGUGUUACAAACAAAUAGAAAGAAAAAAAUUAAAAGGGAACUGAUUUUGUAGUCACUGUAAUUCUGACUGCUGCAUAAUAUUAGAAAUUAUUGUACUGUGAAGUUGCAAAAUCAAAAAGGAACAAAUAUAAAUUUCGAUUUUGUGAGUAUAUCAAUAUUUUGCAUGCUUUGUAAGGAUUCUUAUAGGAAUUUAAUAUUGCUUAGUAUCCCUCCCUCCUUAGGUCUGGGAGCAAACCUCUUUGUAAUGUAAUGUACAACUAGAAAUUCCUUCUCUCUUGUAUGUAUUUCCACAACAUUCCAACUUCUGAACCCGCAAAACAGAAAAUGUGUCUGUAGUAGGAGGUGCUUUUUGGGAGAGGGAGGGAAUGAAGGCAAGGAAACUUGAAGGCUUAAGAUUUUGACUUUUUUUAAAAUUUUUAUUUUCGGUUUUUGCCUGUUUGAAGGUAAAAAUUAGUCACAAUCCUGACGAACAUUGACUUGAGCCAAGUCGUGCAGAGCAGUAAAGCACACUCUAGUUUUGGUUCUCUGUAUUUGUUCUCCCUUUUCCCCGGCACAAUCCCACCACAGCAAUCCUUGUACCACAGGCUGCACUCCUGCCAGCUCCCACCUCGGGGGGAUGGACCUGAGGCAGAAGCACUGCUGAUGACUUCAUGGAAAAGGGGGGAAAAAAACCCCAAGCUCCAGCUGGUGGCUGGGUGAUAACCUUUUCCUUCGGUGUUUGGAAUCUGUGGCUGCUCCUUGCAGUGUUGAAACUGGAAAGCAGUACCAUAAUGACUGUGCCAAUUUACUUUUGCCCAACUUUUUUAUUUUUAUUUAUAUAGGAAGUUAAUUUUAAUAUUAAAUUACUGAUCUAUAGUAUGUAACCACGAGAAAAUGGCUUUUGCUUUGGUUACUGUGACAGGUUGUUGCUGUCAGUCUCUCAUUACAAUGCUCAGUUCUAAUGUAACAUUAUCUAACAUGCAGGCAUGUGGAUCAGGGAAAAAAAGGUAAUUUAACUUAACCCGUUAAUUAUUUCUGUUAAGUAUGAGUAUGUUUUCCCCAAAGCUGGUAAUUUUGGGCUGGAAAAGAUAGUUCAUCAUAUUGCUGAUGAUGAAAUCAUGGACUGAUUUGAAAUACGAGAAUUGAUUUCUUGAAUUUCCUUUAAUUUUGCAAUUAAAUUUUUUUCAAAUAGUCUUAUGUUUCCAGAAAUUUAAGUAUUUCCAAAAGGCUUUUAUGUUCUUCUCCCGGGGAUGUUGGUUGGGUUUUUUGGUUUGUUUCAGGGGGUUUUUUUGUGGGGCUUUUUUUUUUUUUUUACUUUAUUUUUUAAUAAGCCUUAUCAUACUUAAACAAAAAGGGAAUUGCAAAACUUGGCUUUAGAGAAGGCCGCCUGAUUUCUCCUCUUAUAUGUUCCCUUGUGAGUUGUGUCAGAAAACCAAACUCUUUCAUUUUCUGUAUGAAAAAAGGUACAAUAUAAACAACUUAAGAGCAAACUAGCAAAAAGUUACCCUUUAGGUGUGCACUGGGAGUUUAUGCUCCUUCAUUUUCUAGUGUGUUGGAGAGACCUUUCUGCAAAUGUCGCUUUCAGGAACAGGAAUCUCAAACACUAAAAUUUUCAGCUAAGGAAAUUCAGGUGAUUAGGAUAGUCUGUGUCUCUCUGAGUUUAAGGAGAGGAACAAGCAUCAGCGUCCUGGCAUUUAGAAACUAUUUUAAAAUUCUCAUGGAUUUUUUUUUAACACUGAGUAGGUUUUUAAAUAAAAUCAAAAAAAGUUAAGCAAACUAAGAGAAAAGUUUUUGGAGGCAGACAAGAAAUAACAGUUCCUAGCUCAGAGUCAGCUCUGUGUCUGUGUGUGCUUUGUACGGGAGGGGAGUGUGGGAAACCAAACUGAAACACGUCCACUCAAACGCUGCUGGUGUUCCUUAUUCUUGCACAAUUUUAACAAGUUGAGGUAGUAGCUGAGCUCUUUCAGGCUGUAUUUUAAUGCUGCUGUUUUUCAGUGUAUCAGCUAAGGGCAAACCCCAGCAGUGUGGUGCCUGUCCCUGCCGUGCCCACCGCCCGGAGCCAAACGGCCACUUGUGGUGUUGGCCGUGAGGUGGUGGAACCACAGAGGAUGUUUAUGGGAGGGGUUAUGCAGGGUUUUUGCAAUUUAUUCGUUUUACCUGUUUAAAACUCUGUUUUAUGGUUGUUCAUGUUAGUUUUCUAUGAGUUUAUUUAAACAAAUGUACUGUUUUUUAAAGCAUAUGUGGAUCUCCAGAUUAGUUUGUCACCUGUGUAACACUGGAAGGCAUCACAAUGUGUUCAUUUACCUUAACGUGCCCUUCUGUCAAGUAUGUAUAAAAUAUAAACUGACCAAUGUGGCUUUUAAAAAUGUUUAAAAUCUGAUAGCAAAACCCCAGCUCUCUCUGAUUCCUCACUGGGUAAUCCAUUUGUUUCAGUGCUUGGUCACCUACUGGGAUAACUUUAUCAGAUGUGACAUUCUUCUUAUGGAAAUUUUAGUAUAAAAUGGGAAAUGUUGUAGGAAAAACCCUACCCUUUCUCUUUUUACUUUAAUUCAAGACAACAGGGACUUGUAAUAGCAGAAGACCAGUACAUUCAUGCUGGAUUUUGGAGGGGCCCUGCUUCUAUUCCUUGAAGAAGAAAAAUCUUCUUCAAGGGCAAUUCCCAAGUAGAUACGAUCAAAUUAAUGAAAUUCUUGUAGCCACUUGCUUAUGCCCUCUUAAAUUUGUAAUCCAGGGAUGUUUUUCUUUUUAGACUAACGUUGCCAUUGUACUGUUAGUGAAAAAUAAACCUGGUACCUUUCCCUUCCUUUAACACAGGGCCUGUGCAACUGAGAUACCGGAGCCUUGGGUUUGUAUUAGCAAUUCUCCAUUCUGAACUCAAAUGAAAUGAAUGUUCGUGUGUAUUCUAUGAAUUUUGUAAUUGAAUGGAAUUAAAUACAUGGAUUGCCCUUAAAACCAACAGAAGCUAUAAAGGAAGCACUUACAGUUAAUAGAUUUUUCCGUAACAGUCUUCAGGGAAUAAAAGUAACACGAAUGGAAAAGAGAAGCAUAAUUAGGAAUCGCUCAGGUCACAUUGUCUGGGACUAGAAAGGAGUUCUCAUUUUGAGUCACAGAAGGCAGCUCAUGCCCCAGAUAACUGAGCAAAGGCUGUCGUGCCAGGAAACAAACACGAAUAUGGGAACGCCAGGAAUUUAGCUACUGGAGCCUCCCAGUGCUGCAGCCCCUCUUUCUUAGGACUCAACAUGUACACACAGUUCAGUGCUAAGGAAGCCAAGUUUACCAUUUGCUCUUUUCCUUUGUUUUCCCCCGAGGCAACAGCAAUAGGUGUGUUGCCCUAGGUGAACUGCCACCACAGAGAAGUAAGAAGCUCAUAGAACCACCCAGGUGAACUAUUGUUUGAGCUAAAAGUCUGUUCCUGGGCUACAAGGAUAAAAUGCCACAACAUGCUGCAAUGAUGAAAUGGUUGGAGCAGUAGGACCAAAGCAAAUCUGAGUGUAUGUGUUGCCUCAAUUCUUCUCCUUCCAUGACCAUAUCAUUAGAUUGCAGCCUUUCAGGUCAAGCAAAUUCAUAACUGCUCUUGCCAAGAAUUAAAAAAUUAUAAAAUGACUUAUUUUCCCUCCAGUGUUCAUUCUCUUUGUGUUACUGCCUUAUAGUGACAUCGCUGGAGACCACUGAAAAACAUGCGGGUGAACCAUGCAACAGCUUUUCACAUAAUUUAUUUGCUGCUGCCACGUUUCACCUUACAGUAGAACAGAUCCUUCCUUUUCCAAAAGAAUCACUUCACAUCAUUCUGCACUGUAGCAACUACCACAUGGGGAGAUUCAGUUUGUAGCAGAGCUACAGAGCAGAGCACUGGAGAUAAUUAAAGUGUUUCCAGUCUUCUUGUGCAGAAUGGACCAGGUACUGCUAAUGCCCUGGGCUCACGUAGGCCAGUGGUGUGAGCUAAGAUUCUAUUAUUUACAGCUGUUCGAGCAUAUUUGGGAAUUAAUAUGAUUACAGAGUCCCCAGGCCUAGCAGGACUGUUUGUGCUACUGCUUUGUCUUAAUCACAGUCAUGUUCAAAUCCUCACGUCAAAAAUGGUUCAUCAGAGUAGAGAAAAUUGUAUUUUCCACUAGAGCUUUUGCUUGUGUAACUGCUGCAGCCUUUUCCCCAGUGUAGCACGUUCUGAGAACCUGAGACAUUCUGCAGAUGAACAGUUUCUCUGAUCUGCAGAAUGAUUUAUACCACGAGGCGUUUUAUAUCCCUGGGGAUGUACAAAAGGCCAGGCUUGUGUACAAAACAGCUUCCUGCCUGGAAGGAGGAUACAGCAGCUCCCUGGAGAUGACCCCCAUGAUGGGUCACAGGGGGUGGAGCCCAGCAGAGAGCAGUUGGCCUUGCUGCUGCUUGGAUGCUCCCCCCUCCCCUGGGGCACUUGGAUAAGGCCCAGAGGGCAGUUUUGAGAGUUCCUUCUUACUGCACCUAAAUGACUGAUCAAGUGCCCAUCUAGAGCAGCUCAAACUUCCUCCAUUUUAGUCCCAUUUCAGGAGAAAUUUGCCAGUUUGGAAUUAUGCAAAUAGCUGAAAGCUGAUCCAUAACUAACACCUAUUUCAUAUACAGUAGGUGCUAAUGUAAAAGCUGCCACAGCAAAAGGUCAUUUCUCCCCAGCAGCCUCUUCUACUCCCUUCCUUCUGCUCACAGCCUCAGAGAAAUCUUGUCUUGGGUUUCACAGUCACAUACAAAACUUGCAGAAUCCUGGAUAAAACUUAGCUAUGCAGGGACUGAUGUUUCAAGAGUUGGGAUAUCAGGACUAAAAGUGAUUACCAAGGUAGCAAAAAGAGGGUAAUGAAUCGUUGUGUUGGAUAAAUUGGAGAAGUAUCACAAUGAAACAGUGAAUUAAAAAAUGAUCUCACAGCAGGACACUGAAACAUUGUCCUUUCUGUGUCUGUCCAGCAAAAAAAAAAUAAAACUCAGCCUUCUCUUGCCUAUGUAAGUUGUGUAGUUUGUUCUUAUCUCUAGUAUUAUAAGUGUUUAUAAUCCGUGAAGAAUUCCAAGGAAAGGAGUUAAGACUAUUUAUUUAAAUAUAAAUACAAUUAAAUUAUAUAAUUAGUGCUAAAUUAUCAGGUGUAGAAGACAACUUGUUAUUGUUUGGAUAAUUUUGGGUUUCAUCAGAGCUAAUACUGUUGGCAUUGUUUUAAACACUACCAUGUUAGGGAGUCAGUUUUUGACAUUUUAUACUGCUGUUGCUAGUGCUUCAGUAUCUUAUAGUGCUCUGUUUUGGGAAAGAAAACCUAAUCCAAAUAGUUUAAUACUGAAAGGUGUUGAAAUUGUACUGCUAAACAUCUCUCAGUUUAGGCCCAAAGAGAAGAGAAAAAGGAAAGGGAAAAAAAGUGGGGGAAAAUCGUCUUUCUGGAUAUUUUUUUUUUUUACUUUCUGAGAAAAGCGAUAUGAAAAAGGGAUCCAAAAACUGUAUUUGGGGGAAAAAAAAGUCUUAAGGCAUUUGUAGCCUUUCUUUGUACACAAUGUUAAAUAAAAUCUCCUGUAUCUAUGUUUGUCAGGUUCUUUUGGUCUUAUUUAAAUAAAAGUGGGCCUGCAUUACA